AAUCAGAUUGGCUCUGCUCUAUGGACACUUAUUUUACAUGAGUAUGGAAUACAGACCCCAGAGAGUGCAAUUAACUUACUUACGUUUCACAAAAACAGUAAAAAGAAAUAUGAAAAGUUUUAUGAAGCUUUCAACAGUUUUUUUUACUUGCCAGAUUAUGUGGAUUAUAACAAUUAUACUAAUUUGUCAGACUUGGAGGCUUCUGCAGUUAAAGCAAGGGCCAUAUUAGUUGAUAUGGAAGAUAGUGUAGUUGGGAGAAUCAAACAAGGUCCAUUUCGCAAUUUGUUUGAUCAAACAUGCACAGUUACUAAUUAUCUAGGAUCUGGAAAUAAUUGGGCAGUAGGUUAUCAUACUCAUGGUGCAGCUUAUAAUAGUCAAUUAGAGGAGGCUAUAAGACUAAGUGUGGAAAAAUGUGACUGCCUGCAUGGAUUCUUGUUGAUUCAUUCCCUAGGUGGAGGCACUGGUUCUGGCUUAGGAACUGCAGUCUUAAAGCUUUUGGAUGAUUUUUAUCCUCAUGUUGACAGAUUUGAUUCCUGUAUAUAUCCUGCCAAUACACAAGAUGUUGUUACUUCUCCAUAUAAUGUUCUGUUGUCAACUAGGAAACUUAUUGAACAUGCAACUUGCGUAUUUCCAGCUGAAAAUCAAGCACUUCAAGAUAUGUGUAACGUAUAUAUGAACAACAAAUAUGAAAAUAUAGAUCAAAUAAAGUACAAUACCUUACGCCUACCGUUUCAAGAUAUGAACAGUAUCAUCGUAAAUAUGCUUCUUCAUUUAACAAGUGGCUCAAGAUUUCCAGGCUGUUUAAACACGGACAUGAACGAAUUAGCAACAAAUCUCGUUCCGUACCCUAAAUUACACUACAUCUUUUGUAGUGUGAGUCCAGUGGCAUUCACAGCUUCACAAACUUCUGUAACAAAUAUCAAGACAUUUCAAGAUGAAUUAUUCGUUAAUGCUUGGUCUCGAAAUAAUCAGUUAAUUAAAAUUGAUCCUUUGCAAACUGAAUCGCUAAUUAUUGGAACAGCACACAUUUAUCGAGGUGAUGCUUCCAUAACUGAUAUUAGAAAAAUCAUGAAAAGAUUUCAAGACAAGGCGAAGUUUACUACUUGGAGCAAGGAAGCCAUGAAAAUUGGAUUAUGUUCAGUUCCACAGGCAGGGCGUCAAGCAUCAUUAAUAUGUAUGAUUAACUCCACAGCUAUGUCUUUGCUUUUUAAAGAUACACUACAAAACUUCGAUCAACUAUACAGGAGGAAGGCUCAUAUACAUCACUAUUUGCAAGUAGAAAAUUUUGAAAAAGAAGACUUUAUUGAGAGCAAAGAAACAGUAGUAAAUGUGUUCAAUCAAUAUAAUAAAAUUCAAAGUGAAAGUCCUACUGUUUCUCGGUUAAAACUACAAUGAG